UGCAGUAACAGAUGUUUAGAGCUGAGGGGGAGUAGUUCCGCUGUUGUGAAGAUGAUGGAGGAGAUGUUUAGCAAGAAUGGAGGACAAUACCUUAUCUGUGAGGAGUUUGAAGAUGCUCCACUUGUGAAACCACAAAAAGAAAGAACAGAACAAGAGUUUGGACAAGCAGACCUACAUAAACAUACAGAACAUUUGGGGGAGAGGAGGAAAAGCAUAACUCCCCCUCCCAGUAUGUCCGAGCUGAGGGUGGUUCUGCUGGGGAAGAACAGCUCAGAGAUCAGCAGAGUGGGGAACUUCAUCCUGGGCAGAGAUGCAUUUAAUACUGACGCUCCGCCUCCUUCAGUAGAGCAGCACAGUGAGAAAGAUGGAGGAACAGUGGAGGGAAGAUACAUCACCCUCAUCAACUCUCCACACCUGUUCCAUCCUCAGCUGUCUGAAGAGGAGCUGAAUCAGAGAGUGAGAGAGUGCAUGACUCUGUGUUCUCCUGGACCUCAUGUUCUAGUUCUGGUUCUACAGCCAGACGACUUCACUGAGAAAGACCUUGACAGACUGCAUUACAUCUUCCACUCUCUGUCUAAAGAGCCUUAUAAACACACUCUGGUUCUGAAGACAGAAAACAAAGAUAAUGGUACUGUUGAUAGUGAUCAGGAGAUCAUUGUACAGAAGAUCAUUGCAGAAUGCAGUAACAGAUGUUUAGAGCUGAGAGGGAGUAGUUCUGCUGUUGUGAAGAUGAUGGAGGAGAUGUUUAGCAAGAAUGGAGGACAAUACCUUAUCUGUGAGGAGUUUGAAGAUGCUCCACUUGUGAAACCACAAAAAGAAAGAACAGAACAAGAGUUUGGACGAGCAGACCUACAUAAACAUACAGAACAUUUGGGGGAGAGGAGGAAAAGCAUAACUCCCCCUCCCAGUAUGUCCGAGCUGAGGGUGGUUCUGCUGGGGAAGAACAGCUCAGAGAUCAGCAGAGUGGGGAACUUCAUCCUGGGCAGAGAUGCUUUUAAUACUGACGCUCCGCCUCCUUCAGUAGAGCAGCACAGUGAGAACGAUGGAGGAACAGUUGAGGGAAGAUACAUCACCCUCAUCAACACACCUCACCUGUUUGAUCCUCAGCUGUCUGCAGAGGAGCUGAAUCAGAGAGUGAGAGAGUGCAUGCCUCUGUGUUCUCCUGGACCUCAUGUUCUAGUUCUGGUUCUACAGCCAGACGACUUCACUGAGAAAGACCUUGACAGACUGCAUUACAUCUUCCACUCUCUGUCUGAAGAUCCUUAUAAACACACUCUGGUUCUGAAGACAGAAAACAAAGAUAAUGGUACUGUUGAUAGUGAUCAGGAGAUCAUUGUACAGAAGAUCAUUGCAGAAUGCAAUAACAGAUGUUUAGAGCUGAGAGGGAGUAGUUCUGCUGUUGUGAAGAUGAUGGAGGAGAUGUUUAGCAAGAAUGGAGGACAAUACCUUAUCUGUGAGGAGUUUGAAGAUGCUCCACUUGUGAAACCACAAAAAGAAAGAACAGAACAAGAGUUUGGACAAACAGACCUACAUAAACGCUCCCCAAGGUUAAACCUAAUUGUAUGUGGGAAUGACGGAUCAGUGAAGUCCUCUGUAUCAGAUCUAAUUCUGGGUCAGAAAAAGCUCAGUGCAGACUCCAGCUCAGUGUGUGUGAGGAGGGAAGCAGAAGUAUGUGGACGUCUGAUCACCCUGGUGGAGCUUCCAGCUCUCUACAGCUCUCAGCUCUCAGAGGAGGAAGUGAUGCAGGAGACUCUCCGCUGUGUCUCUCUCUGUGAUCCUGGAGUUCAUGCUUUUCUGCUAGUCCUUCCUGAGGGAUGUCUCACUGAUGAAGAUAAAGGAGAACUGGAGAAGAUCCAGCACAUCUUUGGCUCUAGAUUAAAUCAUCACACCAUAACCCUUAUCACUACAGAGACUCAGCAGAAGGGGGUGGACUUAGAUAAAGUGAUGCAGACUUUUGCUGAAACCUGUAGAGGAGGAUAUUAUACUUUUGGCUCUGUUCCAGAUGUGUCCGGGUUAAUAGACAAAGUUCAGCAGCUGCUGUUGGAGAAGAAUGGAGAUCUUUACACACCACUCACGUUCCUGGAUGGACAAGUUGAAACCCAGCUUAGAAUAUACAAUAAUCAGGUGUCAGAGAUGAAGAAAACCAUUCAGAAACUACAGAGAAAAGAUGGUCUCAGGAUUGUGCUGCUGGGGAGGACAGGAUCCGGGAAGAGUGCUACAGGAAACACCAUCCUAGGAAAAAAAAAUACAUUCAAACACCAUCCAUCCUCUUCAUCAGUGACCACUGAAUGUCAGAGAGAAACAGCUGAGGUCAAUGGAAGACAGAUUACUGUGAUUGACACUCCAGGACUGUUUGAUACUGGAGUUGGAAAUGUGGAGAUCCAGAAGGAAAUCACUAAAUGCAUCUUCAUGGCGGCUCCAGGUCCACAUGUGUUUCUGCUGGUUCUGAGGGUUGGACAGAGAUUCUCAGAGGAGGAAAAAGGAGCUGUAAAGAUUAUUCAGAACAUUUUUGGAGAAGAGUCAGUGACCUACACCAUGCUGCUGUUCACUGGAGAAGAUCUUCUUGAAGACAUGAGCAUUGAAGAGUACUUUGGAGAUCCUGGAUCUGAUAUUAGAAAUCUGAUUGAACAGUGUGGGAACAGAUUCCACAUCUUCAACAACAAACAGAUCACAAAGCAAACCCAGGUCACUGAUCUACUGGAGAAGAUCGACUCAAUGCUGGCAGUGAAUGGAGGGAGCUGCUACACUAAUGAGAUGUUCCAGCAGGGAGAAACAUGCACUCAAAAUCCAGAAGAAAAGUCAAAACUUGACAGGUUGAUGAGCAGACUUAACCUUAAUGAUCAUAAUCCCCUAAAAGUUGCUGAGUUUCUUGAAAUAACUAAAUCUUCACAAAACUAUCCUGGUUCUGAGAUCAAUUUGACACAAUCCUUUCUGAAACAACUACUCAUGAUGGAUUAUAGAGCAAGAUACUGCAUUAGAAAUGAUACAAAUGAGAUAGAAAAAAGUGACUUUUUAGUAGAAAAUGAGAGAGAGAUCCACCCCAUGGAUGUUCAGAUGGCAGUGUUCCACUGCUCAGAUAGUUUCUUAAAGCAGCUGAUGGUGACAAAGCUUUCACAGUGUCAGUACGCUCUGCCUCUACUGGUGCCAAAUCCCUUCACAGGAGAGAUUGAGUUUCCACUGUGGACAUUCCGACAGAUCAGGAAGAGCUGGAAAACAAAAAAUGCAAAAAGUGAAGAAAGGAUGAUCGCCAUGACAGACACUUCAAUGGUGGCGUUCUUCAGGUUUGGCUCUGUAUCCACAUCCAAGUCUCAGCUGAUGAACAGGCUGAUCAAUGAGAAGCACGACACGUUCUUCCACAGGGACUGUCCAGGCAGCAGCAGAGAGCGUCUACUGAUGGACGGAGUGGUGGAGAUCGCCUGGUACUUCCCAUCUGGAAAAAGCACUGAUAAUUUCUCAGACUGUGUAGCGUUCUGUAAUCUACAUGGAGAUGCUGGCGCUAAUGAGAAUCAGUAUGAGGUUGUGACAAGGAUGUCUUCUGUAAAUGUGGUUCUUCUGACCGAUUUUGGUCAGAAAAACAUGUAUAAGGGUUUAGUAAGAAGGCUCUUCAAAUCCCACUGUCCUCUAAUUUGUCUCCUGACAGAUGAUGACAGUGUUAGAGGUGAGAUGGGGGAAGGAAGGUAUACCAUUGGGCUGAAGGACCGGAACCAAUAUGAUGUAUGUCAAGAACUGAAGAAGACCAUCAAAGCAUGUCUGACAAAGCAAUCCAACACCUUUAAACUAGAGAAUGUGUUCAAACAAUCAGGGUUAAAGACAGAUGAAGAUGAUGGAAUGAUAAAGACAGGGAAGGAAACAGCUCGACAUAUUGUGUCACUGCUGGAGCAUGGAGAUAUGUCUAAAGUAAAAGAAAAUUACCUGCCGUUCCAAGGUAAACUGUGGCAUGACUGGUGCCAGAAAAACAAAGAACUACAUCGUCCGAGUGGAAACAACAUCGAUGAGUACUGUACAAUAAAAAGACAGGAAAUGAAAGAAGUCCGUGACCUACAGAAGCAACAGGGUCCAAGUGAACUUAUGAAGUUAUUUUUGAAAGGAUUAAACCCCCAAGUUCUAGAGCAGAAUCUGUAUCUGGUGAAAUGGGUUGAGAUCCUUCUGAACAAGUUAACCACAGAUGGUCUCCACUCUUUGCAUCAACAGUAUGAUGAAAUGUGGUCGAAAGUUUUAGAAUUAAAGAAGACACAUAAUACAUCAGAACAACAAAGAACUGCAAGUAAACUUAUAGACAUAUCUAAUCAACUGAAUGCUGCAUCUUUUGGCUUAGAACACAUUCUGAGGGAGAUGGGUCAGAUAUUUGAAGCCUCACAGCCUGUUAAAACAGAGACAACUGAGAAAACAGAAGUAUUAAGCAUUUCUUCCUUUCCUGCUGUAGCUGCAGAGCUCAUGAUAUCAGGAUACCCACUGGAGCUGAUGGACGGUGAUGCUGCUCAUGUUCCUCUGAUCUGGGUUUCAGCAGUUCUGGAUGAGGUCAUCAGAAAACUGGGAGACCAGAGAGUCUUUGUGUUGUCUGUUCUGGGAAUUCAGAGCUCGGGGAAAUCCACCAUGCUCAACGCCAUGUUCGGACUCCAGUUUGCAGUCAGUGCUGGAAGAUGCACCAGAGGAGCCUUCAUGCAGCUGGUGAAAGUGUCUGAGGAGAAGAAGGGAGAACUGCAGUUUGACUACUUUCUGGUUGUUGAUACUGAAGGAUUGCGAGCUCUGGAGCUUACUGGAUUGUCAACAAGACAUCAUGAUAAUGAACUGGCAACAUUUGUUGUGGGGCUUGGAAACUUGACUUUGAUCAACAUCUUUGGAGAGAACCCAUCAGAGAUGCAGGACAUCCUUCAGAUUGUUGUUCAGGCUUUUCUAAGGAUGAAGCAGGUCAGACUGAAUCCCAGCUGUAUGUUCGUACAUCAGAAUGUUCCGGAUGUUACAGCUGAACAAAAAAACAUGGAGGGAAGAAGACGAUUACAAGAAAAACUGGAUGAAAUGACCAAGCUAGCAGCUCAGGAAGAAUCUUGUGAUGCAGAAUGUUUCAGUGAUGUCAUUGCAUUUGAUGUAAAGAAGGACGUGCGGUACUUCGUACAGCUCUGGGAGGGCACCCCGCCCAUGGCUCCUCAAAAUACAGCAUACAGUGACAAUGUUGAGGAGCUUAAGAAGACCAUAUUGUACCGUGCCUCACAAUGCGACACCUUAGCCCUGACACAUUUUAAAAGCCGUAUUGAAGACCUCUGGGAUGCGCUUCUCCAUGAAAACUUUGUUUUCAGCUUCAGAAACACACUAGAGAUCACAGUAUACAGGAAACUGGAAGAGAAAUAUGGAAUAUGGACAUGGAGUCUUAGAAGUGCCAUACUGAAGAUUCAAGACAAACUGUACACUAGCAUCAAAAACAAUCAUCUACACAAGAUUAAGGAGAGUGAUCUGGUGGAAGAAUUGAAAGACACAUACACUGCAGUGAAAGAGUCAAUAAAAAGUUACUUUGAAAAACAUCAAGAAGGAAGAGACCUGCUGCAGCAAUGGAAAGGAACAUUUGAAAAAAAGAUUGAUAACCUGCAUGAUGAACUUGUGAAACAAACAAAAAGGGAGCUGGAUGAAAUAAUUUGCCAAAAGGAAACAUAUAAGAAGGUGGAAGAACAAAAAACACAGUAUGAGGAAAAACUUUUUGAGAAGAGCAAAGAAUUUGCUCUGUCUCUCAAAAGUGGCAGCGAGGAUGAGAGUGAGAUGAUGCAGUUUGGUUCAGUUUGGGAAAAAUGGGUGUCUGAGCUGACUGCAAACGUUCAACCAAUGAAAGAAAUUGACAUAGAACAAGAUAUUGUCAAAAUUCUGUCUGAAACCUUAGAACUGCCACUUGUGUACAGCAAAAGACAGAAUAAAGAAUAUGAAGAAAUAGACAAGCUAGGCGAUUUUACCAAGUAUGUAAAAUUUAAGAAGAUCCAUAAACUCUUAAGAACUUUACUGCCUGAAGACCAAGACUCAAUACGAAAUCUGAUACUAACUGUCAUCAAGCAAGCUAAAGAUCUGGUUAAGUCCAAACCAGUUGCAAAGAACGGCUACAAUUCAGGUCACAUUCAAGAGAUUGCUAUGCUUGUCAAAAAAGCUGUGACAGAACGCAAGUCACCCAAAUACAAGUUCACCAAAGAGUUUUUGGUGGAUCUCUCAAUGCAUGUGUGUGAAAAUGCAAAAAAGACAUUUGAGGAGCUUCAGAAUCAGUUUAGAAAUGCUAAUGAUCCCAUGGUUUACCUCAUGGAUAUGAAACCAGGGUUCUACAGUGUGUUUCAGAAAUUCUGCGAAGGUUCAACAUCAGUGGCAGCAUUCGGUGCACUACUUUGCAGUAAACUUGGAGAAUCCAUUGACCAAAGUGUCUACAGCUGGGCAGCCAAUGAGCUGGCAGGACAAAUGAUGUCUGACGUCCCGGCAUUUAAUGGAAACAGGUUAAACCUGGAGAAACACAUUCUUAAAUCCCUGGCAGAAGAGGAAGAUUUUGAAAAGCUUAAAAACUACCUAAUUUCUCCCCGGGACCACUUUGAGAACUUCAUUAAAGAUGUUGUCAAAAAUUACAUGAAAAAAGAAAAUCCCAAAAUUAAUACAGAUGUAAUUGAGGAGACUAUUGACCGAAAAAUGGACAUUGUGAUCAGUGCAGCAGAAACUGCAACAAAAGAAGUGAGAAAAGCAAAGGGAGAUGCUAAAAUGUGGUUGAAGAAGUUUUCAGACAGUCUGAAAAAUGAGCUUGAACUGACCACAGAACCCAGUGACAAAAACUGUCAGGACAUCAGGGACUUUCAGCUGCUCACAGAUGUUGUAAAAAAGGAAAUUCAGCUUAUCACUGAAGAGCUGAAAAAGAAUUUAAACAGUGUUUCUGCUCUAAAAAUGGAGAAGUUCAGGAAGAGACCUGAUGAGAUUCUGAUUGAACAUUUCUGUCAGUGUUGCUGGGCCCAGUGUCCGUUCUGUAAAGCCAUCUGCACCAACACAGUGGAGGGUCAUCCUGGAGAUCACAGUGUCCCAUUCCAUCGUAGCUGUGGGAUAAAUGGGUGGUUUUACAGAGGAACAGAAAAUCUCAGUCUCGGUAUUUGCACACUGAGAGUAACAGGUGAUAAAAAGUUUUGGACUGAUGAUAAGGAAUAUCUUUGGAGAGAAUACAGAAAAGCAGGAGGAGAGUAUGCAAAGUGGAGCAUCACCCCUGAUCUGUCUGAGCUGCCAUACUGGAAAUGGGUCAUGUGCAAAUUCCAAAAGAAUCUUGAAAGCUAUUACAAAAAAACUUUCCAGGGAAAAGGUCAGAUUCCACAUGAAUGGAGAACAUACACAAAGGAAAAAGCCUUUGAGAGUUUGGAUAAAUAUUUUUCAAUAAUCACAUAAGAAAGAUGUGUAACAUACAACAACAAGACUCAUCCUAGAAAUCACAAAACUCACAAGA